UUAAAAUUUCAUAUUCAAGAAUGUUAAGGAACAUGAGAGCUGACCAAUUAAUGGGCAUCUCGACCUUAUUUUGGGGUGUGUUGGUGACCCUUUCCACCAUGUGCAUAUGGACCUCACACGGAAAGAUCUGCGGUCCCAGUAUCGACAUCCGAAACGACAUCAGCGAGUUCAAGUUUCUGGAGAACUGCACUGUAGUGGAGGGCUACCUGCAGAUCCUCCUCAUCAACACCAACAACAGCAAGACCAAGAACCAGGAGGUGCUCCGCUCCCUCAACUUCCCCAAGCUGACCGUCAUCACCGACUACCUUCUGCUGUUCCGCGUCGCCGGCCUGGACAGCCUGAGCACGCUCUUUCCCAACCUGAGCGUCAUCCGCGGGCGAAAUCUCUUCUACAACUGCCUGGUGGUCUACGAGAUGUUCAGCCUGAAGGAUAUCGGCUUGUACAACCUGAGGAACAUCACCCGUGGGGCCGUCCGGAUCGAGAAGAACGCCGAGCUCUGCUACCUGGACUCUGUGGACUGGUCUCUGAUUAUGGAUGCAGAGUUUAACAAUAUCGUGAGUGGGAAUAAGAAGACCAAGGAGUGUGACAAUGUCUGUCCUGGCAUCAUGGAGGACAACCCGCUUUGUCAGAAGACCACCUUCAAUAACAAACAGGAAUACCGCUGCUGGACCUCCAACCGAUGUCAGAAAGUGUGUCCCGGCCACUGCAAACACGCCUGCACAGACGAGGGCGAGUGUUGCCACGGCCAGUGCCUGGGCACCUGCACUCAGCCUAACAACGACACGGCGUGCUCCGCCUGCCUCCACUACUACCACGAGGGCCGCUGCGUGCCGGAAUGCCCCCCAGGCACGUUCAUGUUCGAGGGCUGGCGCUGCAUCACCAUGGACUUGUGCUCCCAAGUGCACCUGCCCAGCGACAUUCACUUUGUCAUCCACGAGGGCGAAUGUAUGCCUGACUGCCCCUCUGGCUUUGCACGCAACGAGACAAAUCGGAUGUUGUGCAGCGCCUGUAAUGGCUUGUGCGAUAAGAUCUGCUCGACCUCCGUCAUCGACUCUGUGAACGCCGCUCAGUCCCUGAAGGACUGCACCGUCAUUGCGGGCAAUCUAGACAUCAACAUCCGCCACGGAAAUAACAUAGCGUCUGAGCUGGAGAGUUUCAUGGGCCUGAUCCAGACAGUGACGGGCUAUGUGAGGAUUCGUCACUCCCACACACUUGGAUCGUUGUCCUUCUUCAAGAGUCUGCGUUACAUCAACGGGGAGGAGCUCAUGGACAAGAUGUAUUCAUUCUCGGCCAUCAACAACCAGCACCUACACGAUCUUUGGGACUGGAGUCAGCACAACCUGACCAUCCGAGCCGGACGUCUUUUUUUCCGCCUGAAUCCCAAACUCUGCAUGUCGGAAAUCCACACCAUGUGGAAAAAGACGGGCAUCACCUCAAAGCCGGAAGAGGGUGACUUCCGCAACAACGGGGAAAGGGCAAGCUGUGAAAGCCACGUCCUGAGGAUUCUGUCCAACAGCACGUCCAGCAACACGAUCCGCCUGACAUGGGAGCGCUACCAGCCGCGGGAUUACAAAGGCCUUAUCAGCUUCAUGGUGUACUACAAGGAGGCGCCUUUUCAGAACAUCACCGAGUUUGACGGUCAAGACGGCUGCGGCUCAAACAGCUGGCACAUGGUGGAUGUGGAUCUUCCUCGGGAUAAUAAUACCGACCCCAAAGUCGGCAUUCACCACCUCAAACCCUGGACCCAGUAUGCCGUUUUUGUCAAGGCCAUCACCCUGCGGGUGGAGGACAAACACAUUCCUGGUGCUAAAAGUGACAUCAUCUACAUCCGCACACGACCAUCACUACCGACUGUGCCCAAAGAACCCCGUGCCUUCGCCAACUCCUCCACCAAGCUGCUAGUGAAGUGGUCGCCACCGGUCUUCCCCAACGGUAACCUGACCUACUACCUGGUCCGCUGGCAGCAGCAACCUGAGGACCGGGAACUCUACUUGCAUAACUACUGCUCUAAAGAGCUGAAGGUCCCAAUCCGGAUCCCGGCAACAGGAUUCACAGACAUGGAGGAGCUUACCAAGCCCACCAAGUCAGACCUGUCUGGUCCAAAGAAGGGUCCCUGUUGCGUUUGCCCCAAGACGGCCGAGGAGAAAGAUCGAGAGAAGGACGAACGAGUCUUCUUGAAAGUCUUCGAGAACUUCCUUCACAAUUCCAUCUUUCUGCAGAGGCCGCAAGACCGUCGCCGUAGAGAUGUCUUUGGCUUGGCAAACAGCACCCUGUUGCAUGAUGGGGACUGGAGGGGCAACAACACGUUUGGCCCAGGUGACAACAGGACAGGAAUUCCUCCUCUUAUUGAACACCCCUUCUCGGAAGACAAGAGCACGGCGGAAAGUUUGGAGAUUCCCAACUUGAGACCCUUCACCGUCUACCAUAUCGACAUCCACGCCUGCAACGAGGAGGUGGGUCACUGCAGCGCGGGCGCCUUCGUCUUUGCCAGGACCAAACCCGCAGAUAAAGCAGAUGACAUUCCUGGAAAAGUGAUCGCCGAGAGGAACGACAAGAUGGAAGGUUGUGUGGUGCUGCAUUGGCCCGAGCCCAUCAUUCCAAAUGGGCUCAUCCUGAUGUAUGAGAUCAAGUUUCGUUUGGGGGCUGAGCCUGAGAAACACGAGUGUGUGUCCCGUGAGCAGUACUACAGGCACAAAGGAGCCCGACUCACCAACCUUGGCGCUGGGAACUACUCCGCCUGCGUCCGUGCCACUUCUCUCGCAGGGAACGGCUCCUGGACAGAGAGCGUGUCCUUCUACGUCCCUCCACCAAAUCGAGACAAUGGUGUUGCUGUCUACAUGAUCGUCAUCAUUUUCAUCAUUGUGACGCUCUUCAUCGCUGGCCUCACCACCAUCCUCUACUUUGUCAACAAAAAGAGGAAUAGCGACCGCUUGGGGAACGGCUUCCUUUAUGCUUCAGUCAAUCCAGAGUACUUCAGUGCUGCUGAAAUGUACGUCCCGGACGAGUGGGAGGUGGCGAGGGAGAAAAUCACCAUGCACAAGGAACUGGGCCAGGGCUCUUUUGGCAUGGUGUACGAGGGCCUGGCCAAAGGAGUGGUGAAGGACGAACCCGAGACGCGAGUGGCCAUCAAGACGGUCAACGAGUCGGCCAGCAUGAGGGAGCGCAUCGAGUUUUUGAACGAGGCGUCGGUCAUGAAGGAGUUCAACUGUCACCAUGUGGUGAGGCUGCUGGGCGUGGUCUCUCAAGGACAACCCACCCUGGUGAUUAUGGAACUGAUGACCCGUGGCGAUCUCAAGAGCCAUCUGCGUUCUCUACGCAAAGAAAACUCCACAGUCCAGGUCUUGCCCCCGCUCAAAAAGAUGAUCCAGAUGGCGGGCGAGAUCGCAGACGGCAUGGCCUACCUAAAUGCCAACAAAUUUGUCCACAGAGACCUGGCUGCCAGAAACUGCAUGGUGGCGGAAGACUUCACAGUGAAGAUUGGAGAUUUUGGUAUGACCAGAGAUAUUUACGAGACGGAUUACUACAGAAAAGGAGGAAAAGGCUUGCUGCCUGUUCGCUGGAUGUCGCCGGAGUCGCUGAAGGACGGCGUAUUUACUACGAUGUCUGACGUCUGGUCCUUUGGCGUGGUGCUGUGGGAGAUCGCCACCCUGGCGGAGCAGCCUUAUCAGGGCAUGUCCAACGAGCAGGUGCUGCGCUUCGUCAUGGAGGGAGGACUCCUGGACAAGCCUGACAACUGUCCCGACAUGCUGUUCGAGCUGAUGCGGAUGUGCUGGCAGUACAACCCCAAGAUGCGUCCGUCUUUCCUGGAGAUCAUCAGCAGCAUCAAUGAGCAGCUGGACCCGCCCUUCAGGGAAAUGAGCUUCUUCCACAGCGAGGAGAACAAGCCCCCCGACACGGAGGAGCUGGACAUGGAGGUAGAAACCAUGGAGAACAUUCCACUGGACGCCGCAGCCACCAUGCAGCCCGCCGCCAACCCCGCCCCCUCGGCGGGGUGCCAAGGUGGGACGCCGCCAAGCUCCGGCCAGCUUUUGGCCGCCGCGCAGCGCGCCGGCACGCCUCUGCCGGGACCCUCGCCCGUCCCCGCGGCGCCCGGCGCGGACAAACACACGGGACACGGCGCGGCCAACGGGCCCGCCAUGCUGCUGAGGCCCAACUUUGAUGAGCUGCAGCCGUACGCGCACAUGAACGGGGGCCGGAAGAACGAGCGGGCGUUGCCGCUGCCUCAGUCGUCAGCGUGCUAAUACCCCCCCCCUGCCCCCUCCUCCUCCGAAACAGGGUAACCCGAAUCAUGUCCUCCGCCCCCUGGAGGCCAGGCGAGGUCUGACUUUGUCCUACUGAGGGCCAGUAAGUCUCCUUCUAGACUUGUCGCGUCCAAAGAAGGACGUCCGUGCUUUUCUCUCCAGCAGCAAGUCCAACACAAGAGCACUUUUUUCUCUUGAGGAGCGCAAAUAUUUAUACAGACUCUAAAAACAACCUUCUCCUCGUUGUGAGCGCAGAUGCACCAAGCAAAGAAGAAGAAGAAUGAUUAAUAUUAUUAUUAUUAUCGUGUUUCCAAGUGAAGGCUGCGCUUCAGAGGAGAGCAUCAACACAAUCUCUUGCUUCAUCACAAUUUUCAUAUCACAUUUCAACAAUUAUUGCAUUCUUCCCACUAAUAAGGUCAACUGUAUCAAACAGGUGACAUUAUUAUCACUAUUUCAUUAUUUCAAACCAUCUUUGCAGCUCAAAGUCACAUAAAGUACACAUACUUGCCUCAUUUUAUACAAAAAUAAAAACAAUUCUAAAUCCCGUAUUUUGGUUGGCAAAUUGGCAAAUGAUUAAUUUUAUCCAAAUAAUUAAUUAAUUAACAUGUUUUUAAUUAUAUUUUGGUUUAAAAAAAGAAAAUGGGUCAAAAACUUGAAUGUUUUUAAUUCUCCGCCAAACAAUUACUGCACAAUUUAUGAUGAGAAUUAAAUUGAUGCAAUUAUGAAAAUAUUUAUAAAUUCCAUAUUUUGAUGAAAAGAUAAUUUAUUUUAUUUUUUCAAAUACAUAUCGUUUUUUACUGCUGAUAUACAGGCUACAUAAUUUGAAUGGUUUUAAUUGUCCCCCCCAAAAUGGAAAUAAUAAUUUUACUGCACAAUUUAUGAUAAGCAUUAACUUAAUAAAAAAAAAAAAAAUUGAAUAUUUUUGGUAAUUAAGAAAAUAAAUAAAUGUACAUGUCAUUUUUAUUUGCAUUAAUUUGUUGCUAUAUGGUCCACAAAAUGUUAAUGUUUGCAGAAGAAAUUUAAUUAUUUUAAACAAGUAUUUACUGCUCAAUUUAUGAUGAGAAUUAAAUUGAUCCAAUUACAAAAAUAUUUAUAAAUCCUAUUUUUAAAUAUAUAUUUUUUUGUAUUUGUUGAUGUACAGGCUACAGAAUUUGAAUGGUUUUAAUGGUCCCCCCAAAAUGGAAACAAUUAUUUUUAACAAUUAAUUACUGCACAAUUUAUGAUAAGCAUUAACUUAAUUAUAUAUUUUUUUGAAAGAAACAUUUUGAAUAUUAUUGGUAAUUUUAAAAAAAAGUAUGCACCAUUUUUAUUUGUAUUAAUUUUUUGAUAUCUGGGCCACAGAAUUUGAAUGUUUUUAAUUAUUCACAAAAUGUAUUGAAUUCUUUUAAAACAAUCAUUUACUGCACAAUUUAUGAUGAGAAUUAAAUUGAUACAAUUACAAAAAUAUUCAUAGAUCCCAUAUUUUGUUAAAAAUAUGAUUUUAAUGUUUAAAAACCUUUUAUUUAUUUAAAUUUGUUAAUAUACAGGCUACAGAACUUGAAUGAUUUUAAUUCCCCCCCAAAAAAUGGACACAAUGAUUUUUAACAAUUAAUUACUGCACCCUUUAUGAUCAGCAUUAAAGUAAUUUAAAAUAAAAUAUAUUUCUGAAUAUUAUUGGUCAUUUAAGAAAUAAGUACAUGUACUGUGCAAUGUGCACUGUUUGUAUUUGUAGUCAUUUGAAUGUAGAAUUAUUCACCCCACAAUUGAAACAAUUAUUUUAAACAAUCAUUUACAGCACAAUUUGUAAAAAUAAUUAAAUACAUUUAAUAAAAAUACAAAUCUACAGAUUAUUUGAUAUACAGUUUAUGUAAUUAUUAUUAACUUGCUGAUAUACACAAUAUUAAUGUUUUUUAUUGUCCCCUCUAACAUGGAAACAUCCCUUCGAACAUUUAAAGCACAAUUUAUGAUGAGAACUAAAUGGAAUAAUUUUGUGAUUGUUUUUUAUUUUGUUGCUGUUGUUAAUUAACUUGCUUGCUUUGCAAAAAUUUUACAAAUUGUGAACAUCUAUAUGAAUUACCUUGCAUAAUACGACAUCAAAUAAGCAGUAGACCAUUGCUAUUAAAUAUAAUGAAUUAUUCAAAGGAAUAAUAAAAAAAAUAAAAUUAUUCAACAAAGGCUGAAGAUGAAUAGGAUUAUUGUUGUUUAUGGAUAAUUGCCAUGUGAGAAAGUUGUCACUCUGAAGCGCAGCCUCAGCAUCUUUUUGAGGCUCCUCCCUUUUAUGGAUGAUGAACUGAUUGGUCAUGUGAUGGGAGAAUGUGUCUCUGUGAAUGUUCUGAGCUCCUGUUUCCGAUUGAGAACGGGUGCCGUGUUGUGUUCUUCUUCUUCAGACUGACAGCAAACCGCGUCACCGGACAGCGCCUCUGCUGGUGGCAGCCAAGUAGUGCACUCCUUUGUGCCUCAACGAUCAAUCUGCAGAUUUUUUUACCAAUCCAUUCAUUGGUCAUCAAGCUCGUCCCUCUCAUUUUACCCAGCAUGCACUUCUUGCGGCGAGGGCAAGAAAGUAAAGAUGCUCGCUGGUUUGAAGGCGUCAUGUCAUCUAAACGUUGUACUUUUAGGACUGAGACUUUUUUACCUGAACAUCAUCAAUAUUUGAUCUGUUUUGUGUCAACAACAAAGCUGCUAUUUUGUUCUUUUCCCCCAAAAUGUUAAAUACAAAAAAAAUCCUUCACUAAAGUCCCUUUCUUAUCUUUUUCAAUCUGUUUUUAAGAAAGACAAAAAAAAACAAAAAAAAAGUUUGGAUAUGAAAUAUGUUUCUGUAACACCACACUUUGUUGUAUUUGUUUGUCUGGAUUAUUAUUAUUAUUAUUAUUAUUAUUAUUAUUGUUAUUAUUUGGAAUGGACACCUUAGCUCCAUGUGUGAGCGUGGACUUUCUGCACCCUUUUUUUUGUUGUACUUUGUCGCCCAGCACUGCUCCUCAGUGUGCGACUCCAACUCAGGUCAAUGGAAAUACUUUUUCUUUUUCUUCCUUCACAUCAUCACGUUUUUGUUCAGUCCUGCAUCGUCGCUCUCCAUUUUCCUCUCAUCCUGUGCCUCCUUUUAUUUUGUAGUAGCGUUCGACACAUUAUUGUUAGUUUUUUUAGGGGCUUUAUUUUGCCUUAAUUAUGCCAGCCUUCUUUCAUGAUGGCCUCCUUCGCCCUCAACAUGUUUUUGUCUUUCAAACGCUUCAAAAACCAAAUAAAUAAAGAAAGAAAAGAUUCAAAACCACGAAAAGAGAGGUGGAAUUUUAAUGUAACAAGGUCUUAAAUUAAACGGAGGCUGGAAAGGAUUUUGAAGGAUUUCUCCAGAGUUUUUUUUAAGUGUUGCUUUUUUAUGUUUUUUUUCUCUGUAGAAGUGUUAUUUAUUUUUUCUCUUUAAUGAUAUCAGUUUAAAUCACUGUAUAAAAAUUGCCCCGUGAUUCAAUAUAAAGAUUCUUUUUUGGUAUUUUCUUUGGUGACUUACUUUUU